CUUUUCCUCCCUUUUUUUUUUUUCUAUCUCACACUCUCAUCUUCUUCCAUUAUUCCCCUUUUUCUCUUUUUGACUUUUUAUACAAGAUGAAUCCUGAAUACGACUAUCUCUUUAAACUUCUUCUUAUCGGUGACUCUGGUGUUGGAAAAUCUUGUCUUUUGCUCCGUUUUGCCGAUGAUACCUAUACGGAAAGUUAUAUUUCUACUAUUGGUGUUGACUUUAAAAUUAGAACCAUUGAACUUGAAGGCAAGACUGUCAAAUUACAAAUUUGGGACACUGCUGGUCAAGAAAGAUUCCGUACUAUCACUUCGUCUUAUUACAGAGGUGCUCAUGGUAUUAUUGUCGUUUAUGAUGUGACUGAUCAAGAUUCAUUCAACAAUGUUAAACAAUGGCUAAGCGAAAUCGAACGCUAUGCUGCUGAAGGUGUUAACAAAUUGUUGGUCGGUAAUAAGAGUGACUUGGUGGAUAAGAAGGUGGUGGAUACUGAACAAGCCAAGGAAUUGGCUGAUUCAUUGAAGAUUCCAUUGUUGGAAACCUCUGCCAAGGAUGCUACUAAUGUCGAACAAGCUUUCUUGACUAUGGCCAAACAAAUCAAGGAUAGAAUGGGAUCUACGAUGCAACAACAACAACCCAAAUCGACUGUCAAGGUUGGUCAAGGUGCUUCUGUUCAACCCAAGCAAGCUGGUGGAUGCUGUUAAACUAGUUUAAUUUUAGUUAGUUCUUUUGUCUCCUCUUUUUUUUUUAUGUUUAUUGUCUAUCACUCUUUUUUUUACUUUAUUUUUACUUCCCCUUCCCCUUGACUACCUUGCAUUUUUAUAAUCCUCUUCCUUCUUUUUUUUUUAUAUCAAGAACAAUUUUCUUUAACAGUAUUACAAUAAAAGAAGAAGCUUGAAUAAAGAUGAUCGUAUAUCAAUGUUUUUUUUUGGAACAUAGAUGACGAAAUGCCAAAAAAAAAAAAGCAC